ACAUGAGAACUUAAACACACAUGCAGCUCCACCAUCCUCCCCCCGCCCAGGGGCAGCACAGCCACUAUUAAACAGGCUGGGCAGGAAGCGGCCACAGCACAGCCAGCCUGCAGCGUGAGGAGCCAUGUCGACCUACGUGCAGCUGAACACUGGAGCCAAGAUGCCCAUCCUGGGGCUGGGCACCUGGAAGUCCACACCAGGACAAGUGACAGCUGCAGUGAUGGCUGCAAUCGAUGCUGGAUAUCGCCACUUCGAUGGUGCCUAUGUGUACCGGAAUGAGAGGGAGGUUGGGGAUGGGAUCCAGCAGAAAAUCAAGGAAGGCGUUGUGAAACGAGAGGACCUCUUCAUUGUCAGUAAGCUGUGGUCCACAUUUCAUGAAAAACAUCUGGUGAAGGGAGCCUGCCAGAAAACUCUUGCCGAUCUAAAACUGGAUUACCUGGAUCUCUAUCUCCUCCACUGGCCUUUAGGCUUGAAGGCAGGAGAGGAUCUGUUUCCCACAGAUGAGAACGGCAUGGUUAUACCCAGUAACUCUGACCUUCUACAAACAUGGGAGGCCAUGGAAGAGCUGGUGGAUGCUGGCCUGGUAAAAGCCAUUGGCAUCUCCAACUUCAACCACGAGCAGAUUGAAAGAAUCUUGAACAAGCCAGGACUGAAAUACAAGCCUGCAAACAACCAGAUUGAAUGCCAUCCAUACCUGACACAGGAGAAGCUGAUCAACUACUGUCAAUCCAAAGGGAUUGCUGUGACAGCAUACAGUCCCUUUGGCUCUCCUGACAGACCAUGGGCUAAGCCAGAGGAUCCUUCUCUUCUAGAUGACCCCAAGAUUAAGGAGAUUGCAGCCAAGCACAACAAAACAGCAGCACAGGUUCUCCUUCGCUUCCAUAUCCAGAGAAACGUGAUUGUGAUCCCCAAGUCUGUCACACCACAGCGCAUUGUGGAGAACUUCAAGGUCUUUGACUUUGAAUUGACUAAAGAAGAAAUGGCAACUCUUCUCAGCUUCAACAGAAACUGGAGGAUAGCUUUACUGAGCCAGGCCAGAACACACAAGGAGUACCCUUUCCAUGCAGAAUACUGAUGCUGUUUGUAACCGGGCCUUCUCUAGACCCCUGGUGUUUCAUAUGCCUCUCCCCUAGCUUUAAGCUCUAUAUCUAGCUUUCUUACUGCAUCUGCCUUGUUGUUGCCAGUGAAGUCAGAGGGCACUUAUUCCAUUGAUUUUGUCUGAGUUUAUUCUUUGGAUGAUGUAAAGAAAACAGUUCAGUAGAAUAAAUUGUGCGAUGUAAUAAUUUUCUGCUUAUCAGAAGAGAGGAGGAUUACAGAAGUAUCUGGAAGAACUGCUCAGCGGAAAACGAGGACAGUUUGAAUUCUUGAACCACUAUUCAGCAAAUGCCUUCAGUCUUGCAUCAAUGCAAACCAGAGGCUAAUCCACAAGAAUUAACAGACAUCCACCAUUGCAUGUGAAUUCUCCCAUUUUUUAAAUACAAGUAACUUUAAAGCGUGAAAUUAUUACUGGAUGAAAUGUUAGUGCAGGAAUGAUGGGUUGAAUCAUGUUUGUUUAGAAAUUAAAUGAAAUCUCUAUAAAUUUA